ACUCUCUUACGAUACGUACCGGUACGUUGACGAGAAUGUGGUGAAGCAAGCACCUGUGCACGCGUACAAUGCCAAGGAAUGGGCUCGAGUCAACGUAGUGAAAGAGGCAGGGCCCGCCACUCGCAGACAUCUGAGGUGGCUACGCCGCAAAAUCACGAACGUGUUGGAUGCCGUCGAAAUGAGGAUGGAGCACUUGUUCACACCCUCUAUUGCUAAG